GAGAGAGUGAGAGAGAGAGAGAGAGAGAGAGAGACAGAGAGAAUAACUCGUCCAGGGUUAAGUCACUUUUCAGCGAGCGUCUAACACACAGCACAGGUUAAAAUGUGUUGAGAAUCAUCUCGAGGUCUGUCAUUGUGAUUUGAUUUGACUAUGAUUUGGAAAUUAGUUCAUUUUGGUGCUCUUCUUAUUGGAGCACUCACAUCCCCAACUCCAUCUUCACCCCCCACCACAAACACCGACGAAGGACCCUGUCACUUCUACAACUCUGGCCGCUCCGCAAACUGUCUGGGAAGACAGCUCGACAGUGUCCCAUGGAGACAACUUCCGUCCACACUGGAGGAAAUAGAUCUCUCCUACAAUAAACUUCAAGCUCUCCAUGCUAAUGACUUCCUCCGCCUCCCUCAGCUUCGCAUCCUUCAGCUGCAGUACAAUAACAUUUCACACAUUGACAAUGAUGCCUUUAAAAACAACACACUACUGGAGCAUCUUGAUAUCUUCAAUAACUCCCUGCAGGAAAUUCCUGCCACAGCUCUGACUCCUCUCUUGAAUCUAAAAAAGCUCUAUAUGUCCAACAACCUUUACAAGCAUGCCACUUUGGCUGAUAGUUUCUCCAAAUUUGUUAAACUCCAAGUUCUGUCUAUGGGUGGCCCUCUGGUGAAGGGCCUAAAGAAAGCUGAUUUUCAGUCCCUGAAGAACAUCAAGUUACAAGGUUUUGCCAUCAAAUGUUCCUCCAAUCUAAGUUACUACGAGCCUGGAAGUUUAGAAGUCAUCCAGACAAAGGAGAUGGGCUUUGAUAUGGCCAUAGAUCAACGACCAAACGCUCUCCUUCACAUGUUACGUGACCUUGCCAACAAGACCUUCACCAUCAUCCAGUUUCGCAACCUCUUUGAGUUCAUGUACUACAUGGGAGAGGAGGACAUUUUCCAGGGUUUAAAAGACAUCACAGCCCAUCAGCUCAUCUUUCACAGAGGGAAAUUCAAUGAGAAUCUCCUGAGGAUGGCUUUAAUUAACUUAGAAGUCACCCCUAUCAAAAGUUUGAGACUUCAAUACAUCGACUUUGCCCGUUCACCCACAUUUGUUGAUAGCGGAGUAGGUUCCAGCAUCACAGACCUGGCACUGGAUAAGUUGGAUCUUUGGUAUAUCAGCAAUCCUGAUGUGCUGCGAUUUGACUGGCGCUUCACCUGGUUCAACAAAAUUAAGGAACUGUCUAUCCAGUACGUGUACUUCAACUCUGUGCCUUGCGAUGCCUGGGUUGAGAUGGAAGGUGUGGAGUUUCUGGAUGUCUCCAAUAAUCGACUAAAGGAUGAGUUCAUCUUCAACCAGCGGUGUGAUUACAAGGGAACCAUGCCCAAUCUUCACACCUUCAACUUGAACACCAAUGACCUGACCAGCUUAAAAGACUUGUCAACACUAACAAGGGAGUUCCAGCAGCUGCGGGUGUUGGACUUUAGCAACAACAAACUGGGAUCUGCUGAAAAAAGUCGAGACUGCGUUUGGCAGAAAAAUAUCACUCGGCUCAUCGCUCACCACAAUCAAUUCGAAAGUGAAGCCCUCCGUUGUCUACCCACCACAGUGCACUACUUGGACCUGUCCUACUGCAACCUGGACCAGCUGGACAUGAUGUACUUUGAGAAAGCCACCAACCUGAAAGAGCUCCUGCUGAGUGGGAAUAAAAUCAAGUUCAUCCCAUCUAAGUGGGAAAGUCCGUCACUGCAGUCACUAGCUUUGGAUGGGAAUUCAUUUGGUCUCAUUAGCAAGGCAUCCUUCCAGGACAUGCCUCAACUGUCUCACCUGAGGGCAGGGAACAAUCCUUACCAUUGCACUUGUGAGCUCCAUGCUUUCAUCCAGGACACAAUAUCAAAAGGAAAGGUUAACCUCACAGGCUGGCCUUUGAACUACAAGUGUUACCACCCAGAGCCCUUGCUCAACACAGUCAUAUCCAAAUACUUACCAGGUCAAGUGGCGUGUGAUAUCAGACUAGUUAUCAUCAUCUGUGUUGCGACCACUGCAGCAGUGAUCUUGAUAUUGAUGCUAAUUUGCUAUAUUUUUGACCUCCCAUGGUACACUAAAGCCACGUAUCAGAUCCUCAGGACCAAAUACAGAGCACACAAGGAAAAAGCAGCAGGGGAAUCAGGGACUUUUAUGUAUCAUGCCUUCAUAUCCUACAGCCACUCUGAUGCAGACUGGGUGAGGGACCAGCUCUUGCCCUGUUUGGAGGACAACAGGAACCCCUAUCGUCUGUGUAUUCAUGAGAGGGACUUCAUGCCAGGAAGGUGGAUCAUCGAUAACAUCAUUGACAACAUUGAAAGCAGUCGUAAGGUAAUAUUUGUCCUCUCCCGGCACUUCGUUAACAGUGACUGGUGCAACUAUGAGCUGUACUUCGCUCAGCAGAGAGCAAUGGGAAAGACCUUCAGUGACGUCAUAUUAGUGGUGAAGGAGCCCAUUGAUCCCAGCUCCUUGCCUAGCAAGUACUGCAAGCUUAAGAAAAUGCUGAGUACCAAGACCUACCUGGAGUGGCCCCAGCAGGUCAACCAGCAAGCAUUUUUCUGGGCUCAGUUAAGGAGUGCAUUGGGCAAGCCAACAAUGACCAGAGGGGGGGGGCACAGUAUUAAGAGCAGAACCUCGUCUACGGGAGGCAUUUCUGGGCCCCCCACAGAGGACAGGAGGCCAGAAGAAGCAAAACCAAAUGCGGACAAAGAAGCAGAACCCAAAAACAAAAUUAUUAAAAGGAAUAAUGAUGAGCUGUCAAAUCAGAGACAAAUCCCUUUGAUGUCUUCCAACCUGCAAACAGCUAUGGAGGGCCUCAUCACAGUGUUCCACUCUUAUUCUGGAAAAGAGGGUGACAAGUACAAGCUGAGCAAAGCCGAGCUGAAGAGCCUGUUACAGGGAGAACUCAAGGAAUUCUUGGCAGCCAGCAAGGACCCCAUGGUGGUUGAGAAGAUUAUGGGUGACCUGGAUGAAAACCAGGACGGUGAAGUGGACUUCCAGGAGUUUGUCGUUCUGGUUGCUGCGCUGACUGUCGCCUGCAAUGAUUUCUUUGUAGACUACGAUAAGAACAGCAAGAAAGGCGAGAAGGACCCUGGUUCUAAAAAAGUCUAAUAAUUCACAUUAAAUCAAUAACCCUUUCUUUACACAAUUUACAUGUAACAAUGUUACAUUAGUCACUGCUAAUCAACUUGAUGUUUGUUUUUUUCCUUUUUUUUUUGUCCUUAGUCUUCAUCUUAAUAAAGAUGUUGCCCUGUU